CCCUGCCACCCGAGUACUCUAUCAUGACAUUGAAGAGCCCACACCUCGAGCAUCUAUACGGUGCCUGCACACUCUAGCAGCAUGUCCUCACCUAGCCCUCCUUCGAACGCUUACCGGCUCCUGCGCCGCGCUCUCAACCGUACUUCCCGGCUAGUCCGCCUCGCACUCGAGUUACCCACAGCCCAAGAACCAAUAUGGGUACUAUUUGAGGCCCGGUUCCAACUGCGCGCCUUCGAGAGCACCUUCUCGCCCGGACAUGGGCUCGCUGCCUUCCUCGCGUCGCAGCCCUUCAUCACCGAACUCGGCAUCCGAGCGCGGGGCUCGAGCCUGCCGCUACCUACCUUUGCGCUGCCCCGCUUGUCGCAACUACGCGCAGCGCAUGCGGCCCCAGGGCUACUAGCAGACAUCAUCGCUGGCCGCCCGGUUGCUGCCGUGUCGCUCCCUCUCUACGCAGGCGCCGCUUCCAGCGCUGCCCUCGAUGCCAUAUCGCGGUCGACAGCACACAUAAAGAAAUUCACCGCUCUCGCCUUCGAUGCGCGGCCACCGCAGGACGUACUGGAAGAAAUUGCCGCUCGCGUACCGCACUUGAUCGCCCUCCACCUAAUCGCUUUCCUGGGGCAGUACGAUUCGAAGUCCCUCCUGGAUUCGUCUCGCAUACUGCGCCGGCUCCCUCAGUUGGAGUUUAUUACCUGCAUGGCCGCCUCAUCCAUGGCUACCACCGAGGACGACGAGAUGCGGAUAGCAGCCGCGUGGCGGGAGAGCUGUCCCAAGCUACGCGCGGUGAUCCUACCCAGAGGGAGGAUGCUCCUUUAUCAAAACAACCUCCAACGCUGGUCGACCCUGGACCAUGCUGAGGAGAUGUCGAAGAUCGGUAUUGACGACGCGCUACCUGGGAGAAGGGUGGUCUCUGGGCGAUGA